CCAAAAGGGACCCUCAAAACAGAAGGGAAAGAAAAGCAGCUGCAGCUGCUCCUCCAGUUCUCCUCAACUCCCUCCCCUUCUUCCUCCUCCUGCUCCUCUCUCAGAUCCCACACUGCUAGCAUCAGAUCAGGGAUCAGGGCGGCCGCUACCAGUCCCCAUCUCAUUUGCCCGUGAGUCGUGCGAUGCGAGCAGGAGGAGCGGCGAGGGAGGAGCGAGCGCGCGGGUAGGAGGAGAGAUUCGAGAAGGGAGGAGCCGGCCGGGGAGGCAGGGGCGCCAGAUGAGGACGAUGAAGGCGCAGCACUCCAGCAACGGGCGGGGCCGGAGCCCCUUCCUGACGUCCUACGCGCUCACGCUCGCCUUCAUCACCUUCGUCUCCGUGCUCUACUUCAAGGACUUCUCGUCCACGCUGGGCCAGCCCUUCCUCCACCGCCCGCCGCCCCGCCACCGCGCCGGCCGCGGCCAGAUCAGCCGCCCGCUCCUCCCCCGGGACCAUGGCGUAAGCGAGGCCGCGGCGCGGCUGCCCUUCGCGGUGGGCGCGGUGCCGGCGGGGUGCGACGUCGGGCAGGGCGAGUGGGUGUACGACGAGGCGGCGCGACCGUGGUACCGCGAGGAGGAGUGCCCCUACAUCCAGCCGCAGCUCACGUGCCAGGCCCACGGCCGCCCCGACAAGGCGUACCAGCACUGGCGGUGGCAGCCGCGCGGGUGCUCGCUGCCCAGCUUUAACGCAACUCUAAUGCUAGAGAUGUUACGGGGCAAGCGCAUGCUGUUUGUUGGAGAUUCCUUGAACCGGGGGCAAUAUGUAUCACUGGUUUGCCUCCUGCAUCGGCUCAUCCCCGAGAGCUCCAAAUCCAUGGAGACAUUUGAUUCGCUCACAGUUUUCAGAGCAAAGGAUUAUAAUGCCACCAUUGAGUUCUACUGGGCUCCGUUUCUGGCCGAGUCAAAUUCUGAUGAUGCCGUGGUGCACCGUGUUGCGGAUCGAAUUGUAAGGGGAACAUCAAUUGAGAAACAUGCAAAAUUUUGGAAGGGGGCUGACAUUUUGGUAUUCAACACCUACCUUUGGUGGAUGACUGGGCAAAAGAUGAAAAUUUUGCAAAACUCUUUUGAAGAUAAAAACAAGGACAUCAUAGAAAUGGAAACAGAGGAAGCCUAUGGAAUGGUGCUGAACGCUGUGCUGAAAUGGGUUGAGAACAACAUGAACCCCAAGACUUCAAGAGUGUUUUUCGUUACUAUGUCACCCACUCAUACCAAGAGCAAAGAUUGGGGCGAAGAUACUGACGGGAACUGCUACAACCAGACAACUCCUAUCAAAGAUUUGUCUUACUGGGGACCAGGCACCAGCAAGGGCCUGAUGCGCGUCAUCGGGGAAGUGUUCGGCACGGCUAAGAUCCCUGUCGGGGUUGUGAACAUCACUCAGCUUUCUGAAUACAGGAAGGACGCGCACACUCAGAUUUACAAGAAGCAGUGGAACCCGCUACCCCCGGAGCAGAUCGCAAACCCUAAGAGCUAUGCGGAUUGCACACAUUGGUGCCUUCCAGGGCUCCAGGACACAUGGAACGAGCUGCUCUACUCCAAGCUCUUUUUCCCUUGAGCUAAGGUUGGGGGCAUCUGGAGGUUUGAUGAUAGUAUGAUACCGACCGUUUGCCAGUUGACGAAUGAUGACUGAACAUAAGUUGCUGAACCUAAACUGCACGAUCAAGCUGGAGCUUGGAGCUUAGCAUGUCAUCUGGGAGGCACUUUGGUAUGCUGGAGAAUAGUUAGCUUGACAUCUUAGAUGUCCAACGUCCUGAAGAAUACACACGGUACACGAGAGAUGGAAGCUCUGCUGCCUGUAGUUCAUGUAAGGCCACUUGUCUAUACUUUCUCGGCAAAGCUUCCACGCGGCAUGGCGUUAUUGAUGUACGAUUCGUUUAUUGAACAUUGAGUGCUAAAAUUGCACUAGGUGGCCUAUACGCUUCUAGGCAUAAGAAGCUUCUUGAACCCCA